GAUUCCCGCCGAUUCCCGGGCGAGGCAACUCGAUGUUUGAUAGCACGACUAUAAAGCGACUACCACGAGUUGUUGAGUGCGAUACCAUCGACUAAGAUUCCACGGUACAUCGGUGCAAACACCAAAAACCGCUGUUUUGCGAGGAGUCCCGGAGUGGAGGACGGUAUCUCAGCAUUCCUCGACUAAUUGAGUUUGUGUGAGGAACUGUUGCUCCCCAAGCGAGAGAGAACUCCGGAAUGGGCUGGAUAAAGGAGUGUGUGUUGCACAUGGCAUCCGCCUCUACGUCGGCGGCUCCUGAACACGUAGGGAUGAAUGAGGACACUGUGGAGGGCUUCCUGAAUUCGGGCAGGACAGGGCGACGGAAUGCCCUCCCAGAUAUCCUCGACGAGCAAUACGCUGCUACGGGAACAGGAGACCUUCCGAUGGACAUGGAAAGGCUGUCAUGUACAGAUCAAGCCGGUACGAGUUCGAGCACAGACAAGAACCAACCAUCGACCUCAACGGCGGCUAAUUAGGCUGCAACUCAGGCAGAAUCUCCCGGAGGCAGAUUUCAACUCACAGACUGCAGAUCAUAGCUCAUAUUAAUUUGUUUACCCGCGCAUAGAUCCCAUCAAAAGCAGCAAGGACAAUUACCCAUGUCGUACUGGAAUGAGGGACGUGGAGAGUACUAAUCUCGACGGCUCUGUCGUGGGCCGGUCGAGGCGAGGCUUUAUAAAUAAACUGUACAGUUCUCUAAUAUAUAAUGAGGAAACCCG